CGCGCGGGGCGGCCGGGCCGGGGAGCGGCGGGACCGGCCGGCCCUGCCUGCUUUACAGAAUAUUUUUCAUCGCUUGGAUGCUUCAUUCUGAGCCACUAAUCCGAGCAGUACCUGAGCUAAUCCUUCGUUCCAGGCUGGUGCCACAGCCUGGGUGUCAGUGCUGCUGCCACAGGAGCAGCUCAGGAGAGCCACCAGGUGCUGAUCCCUGGGUGUGUGUCUGUGCUCAUGUCCCCGCUCUGAGGACGGGGGGGGGUUUGGCUGCCAGGAUGAGGAUCGUGGUGGCCAAGGUGCUGUGCAUGCUGGGCAUCUGUGUGCUGGUGCUGGCGGGGGCCCUGCUGCCCGUCAGGGUCAUCGAGGCCGACCAUGAGAAGGCCCAGCGCUCCAGGAAGGUCCUGGCCCUCUGGAAUUCCUUCGGAGGGGGGGUCUUCCUGGCCACCUGCUUCAACGCCCUGCUGCCAGCUGUGAGGGGCAAGCUGGAUGAAGUCCUCAAGCAGGGGAACGUGACCACGGACUACCCGGUGGCCGAGACCAUCAUGAUGGUCGGCUUCUUCGUCACGGUCUUCGUGGAGCAGCUCGUCCUGAGCUGCCAGAAGGAGAAGCCCUCCUUCAUCGACCUGGAGACCUUCAACGCGGGCUCGGACGGCGGCAGCGACUCGGAGUACGAGAGUCCCUUCAUCGCCUCGCCCCGGGGCCGGGCCCUGUACGGGGAGCACGGGGGGCACCCGCCCCACCUGAGCCUGCCCGAGCUGUCCCGCUCCGGCCCCCUGCGCCUGCUGGGGCUGGUCUUCGCCCUGUGCACGCACUCCAUCUUCGAGGGGCUGGCCCUGGGGCUGCAGGAGGACGGGGGCCAAGUCAUCAGCCUGUUCCUGGGCGUGGCCAUCCACGAGACCCUGGUGGCCGUGGCGCUGGGCAUCAGCAUGGCCAGGGCCGCGCUGCCGCUCAGGGACGCGGCCAAGCUGGCCCUGGCCGUGUGCCUCAUGAUCCCGCUGGGAAUCGGCGUCGGGAUGGGCAUCCAGAGCACCCGGAGCGCCGCCAGCGACGUCGUGUCCCUGCUCCUGCAGGGCAUGGCCGGCGGCACCUUCCUCUUCGUCACCUUCUUCGAGAUCCUGGCCAGGGAGCUGGAGGACAAGAGCCAGCGGCUGCUCAAGGUGCUGUGCCUGGUGCUGGGCUAUGCCCUGCUGGCCGGGCUGGUGCUCAUCCCAUGGUGAGCCGGGAGCCUCGGGAAGCCAAGCUCAGCGGGACGAGCCGCCCCUCCCGCUGCAGGGACGCCGGAGCUCCGCGGGCAGGUGGAACAGCCCGGCCCAGGGGGUGUUUCCAUGAUUACCUGCAGGAGGAGGAUCUCUUCCCGCGUGCUCAGAGGGAGAUGAGUGAGGAACAUCCCAAGGGAUUGUCCCUGCCCGUGGGGCUGCGGAGAUCAGCUGGCACAAACAUUAAGGAUCUGGUUAAAGGCUGCUUCCGAGAGCUCCUCGAGUGUGUGUGGCUUCCUGCAACCUCCACAAUCCCCCUCUCCCUCCUGCCCCUCGCCCGCACUCCGGAACGAGGCGGGAGCCUGGUCCAUGGGCUCCGAGGAGGUGAGAAACAGGACUGGAGCCGGAGCAGGUGGGAGCAGGGAUUGCUGGGCUGCACUAAGCUGCUUUGGCUGGCUUAGUCUGGAGCAAAACCUGGUUGUAAGAGCUGCCAAAAAUAACGUCCCCGUGGGGCUCCGGCAUUCCCGGGGUGCUGCUCCCUCCGGCACAGCUUCCAGUGCAACCACCCAGGGCUGGGGGAGCUCAGCUUUCCCAGGCAUUGAUGGGGGAAAUGAGGCCGGGCCCCUCUCCCUUCCUUCCUUCUCUGCAUCUCAUCCAUAUGCUGAGCAUUCCCUUAGGAAAACCUCCAGCAGUGUGUUAACGUAGUGUUUGGGAAUCAUAGGAUGAAUCCCAGGAUGGUUUGGGUUGGAAGGGAACUUAAAGCUCAUCCAGUCCCACCCCCUGCCAGGGGCAGGGACAUCUUCCACCAGACCAGGUUGCUCCAAGUCUUGGACACUUCCAGGGAUGGAGCAAAUCCUUCCAUUAUCCCUGUCCAUUCCCUGGCACUCCCAGGGCCCAGGAGCUUGCAAGAAAGGGGCAGUAACAAUUUCCAGCAUUAAUAUUUUAGGAAAAGCACUUGUGUUUUCAGAGCUCUGCAGUGAGAGGGGUUGAGCAGUCGGAGCAGAGGCUGCUCCCAGGCUUUUCCAGGUUUCCAGAGGAAUGGAAUCUCUUCCAUGGAGGGGGUGUGAGGUGGUGGAAGGGCUGCUGAGAGACACAAGCAGAUCUCAGUGGCUGCAGAGCAGGGCCCCAGGGAAGCUCCAUGCGCUGCCGAUCCCUUUGGAUGUGCUCUCCUGGGCGAGGAGCCGGGAUCAGAGGCUGGAGCUGGGAACGAGCUUCCCCCCCAGCUGUGUGACACAGCCGGACUCAGGCAGGGGCUGCAUUUUAAUUACCCGGAGCCGCCGCUCCUGCAGCAGCUUCCGCCGGGGCUCCUGGAAGCGCUGAUGGAAUGACAAGGAUGGCGCAGUGCCGGCAGCGGGAAGGAGGCUCGGAGCCGCCGCGGUGGCCCAGCUGCAGCAUAUGGAGGCAGCUGAGCAUCAUCUGACAGAUCCUGGGGCUCGUUAGUGUAAUUGCUGCAACAUCCCCGAGUCAAUUAAUCUUCCUUUGAAAACCUGGAGUGGAGGGGGAGGCGGAGGGAGGUUAUUUUGGGCCUGGGAUGACACAAAAGAGCAGGAUGAGGGGAGCGUGAUUUGCCUCGGCGUGGCAAAGCCUCGGGGCUGUCUCAGCUCUCCUGGGGGGUGACAUCGCUCCCCGGGGGGGUUCUCUGUGCUGGGGGGGUGAGGGGGGAGAGGUGACACCGUGCUGAGUGUCCCUUUUUGGGCCGUAUCCUGCCUUUCACACCUUCCUUCUGCUCGACUUCAGGAUCGGAGCUGCACUGGGGGGGCUGUGAAGUGCCGGGAGGUGCUGAGCUCCCCCCUCCUCAUCCUGCUGCCCCGGGGGGGGUUUAUCCACGGUACCAUCCCGUGCUCCGGGGUGGGUGUCAGAGCCGAGGAGGCUCCCAAUAAACUCCCUGCCCUUCUC